AUGAGAUUCUGGGGAUCCAGCCUCUCACGUGCCCCAUAUACCUUUUUCUCAGGAAUAUGUGCAGUUGCAUCCAGCCAAUUCAGAAAAUACCACUUUGUGAAAGAUAAAAAGAGCUGGUUUGAUGCUCAGAGCUACUGUCAAGAGAACCACACAGACCUGGCCACCAUUGAAAGCCAGGAAGAAGCAAAAGAAAUGUUACAUAUUUCAGCUGGUUUUACUGAUGCCUGGAUUGGCCUGUAUUAUGACAAAGAGAACUGGCAGUGGUCCAAUGGAAACAAUGUGAGCUACUACAACUGGCCAUCCAAGCUCAGCUGCGCUAGUGUCAAUUCAGAUGGAGAGUGGGUGGACUCAGACUGUCAUAAUAAUAGAUAUUAUUUCAUAUGCUACAAUGAAACCAGAGAGAGUUAUAAUCUGAUUAAAGAACAGAAAACCUGGUAUGAAGCUCAGCAGUACUGUAAAGCAAACUACACCGACCUCGUCAGUAUAAAGAAUAAUGAUGAAAAUAAGAAAAUAAAGGAGAAAGCAAAUGGAACUGCUGUCUGGAUUGGUCUGUUCAAUAAUCCCUGGAAGUGGUCGGAUGGGGGGGGUAAUUACACAUUUCAGAACUGGUCAGAAAAUCAACCUGACAAUUAUGAAGGCAAAGAGAAAUGUGUGAUGAUUAAAAAAAUUACACUUCAAUUAAACGAUGAUCAAUGCAGCAAAGCAUACCCCUUCUUUUGCUAUAACGAAUCCUGUACAAACGCUUCCUGCACCAAAUACCACUUUGAAGGAACUUUUAUGAACUGGUCUGCAGCUCAGACAUAUUGUAGAGAUAAAUACGUAGACCUGGCUACUAUCAACAGCCAAGAGGAAGCAAAGCAACUCUCAGAUAUGACAAAUAUUAGUGUCGAUGCCUGGAUCGGGAUGUACCAUGACGCCAAGGAGAACUGGCGGUGGUCCAAUGGAGAUGAUGUCACCUACAAUAUGAGACGUGUCAAAAGCUUCUGUGCUACAAUCAGUCCAGAUGGACAAUGGAACAGUUAUGUCUGUCAUAAUAAAAAGCAGUUCAUGUGUUAUAAUAAUAAUGAAACCAGUGAGAGAUAUAUCCUGAUUACAGAACUGAAAACCUGGUAUGAAGCUCAGCAGUAUUGUAGAAGAAACCACACUGAUCUAGUCAGUAUAAAGAAUGAGGAUGAAAAUAAUAAAAUAAAGGAGAAAGCAAAUGGAGCUGCUGUCUGGAUCGGUCUGUUCAAUAAUCCCUGGAAGUGGUCGGAUGGGGGGGGUAAUUACACAUUUCAGAACUGGUCAGAAAAUCAACCUGACAAUUAUGAAGGCAAAGAGAAAUGUGUGAAGAUUCAAAACAACAGUAAUACACUUCAGUUAAACGAUGAUCAAUGCAGCAAAGCACACCCCUUCUUUUGCUAUGACAAUGGCAAGAAGCUGUUCCUUGUGAAGCAGAAUAAAACCUGGGUGGAAGCCAUUGAGUACUGCAGAGCCAACCACACUGACCUGGUCAGCAUCGAGUCAGAGCAGGAGCUCAAUAGGGUUUACCAAGAGGCUAACAAAGCCAGCUCUUCACAUGUCUGGCUCGGGCUCCUGCAGAGCUGUACUUUUGGCUUCUGGUACUGGGUGGACGGAGCCCAAUCCUGUUAUGAUAACUGGGCUCCAGAACCCCGAUGCCAGGCUGAGUGUAAUCCGUGUGGAGUCAUGACUGCAAGAAAUGGGUCAAAAUGGAUUAAAAAACCCUGCACUGAGCAAUUCAACUUCAUCUGCUACAAUGGUACAACUGGCUCUUGAAGGCUUUCAGUGCUACAGCUUCUGCAGCAGAAUCAGUUUCUAACUGUCAGGCUACCUGCGAUUGCUUCAUGGGGGCGACUGGCUUAUUUUCUUUGGGUUUGGACUAAUAUGUUUAAUGCAUUUUGUUAAAAUGAUGAUGACUAAGGCUUUUAUAGAUGCACUUCAUGGCAAAUGUGUUCUUUUGCUGUAUUUUACUUUAAUGGCUGGUUUAACACCCUUUGAUUGACAUUUAUUUGGGCUACCUUAUCUAAGGUAACAUUACUGUAGGCAGCUUAUUAGAUUUAACACCAGUUUUUAGUUUUCCCAGAGUUUUUCCAAGCAGCACUGGGAAGCAGCCACUCAAUAUGCUGUACUCUCUGCAUGGUGGUAAGUUAUAUGGGUUCCACCUGAGUGAAAAAUUAAAUCAGGAAAACUUAAUAAAUCUGCAGGAAAACCAAGUUGUUCCAGAACAGGGGUGGUCAAAACUCCAGGUCUUUGUUCCAACACUGUACUAAAUUGUUAAAUAGAACCAAUUAAACCUCCAUCCAGACCCUAAAGUAGUUAAUGAUAUCAUUGUACCAGUUAAACCUGAGAUGGACUGGCCCUCCAGGACUGUGAUUGGUCACCCCUGUUCCAGAACCUUUCUUCAAAUGUAUGUUUUUAUCAGUUGUCUCUGAAUUGAUUGCUUUCUUUGAGUUUUAAGCAGUGCUGGAAAGUAACACAAUGCAUGUCACUUGAUUGCAGUAGGGGUACAUUUUACAGUAGCUUGUAACAGCAGACAGGAGACUAAAUAUGGUAACAUUACAUUUUAUGUGAGCAAAUAACAGUUACCUUUAGUGACAUUUUUUCUUUAAAAAAAGGACUACAGCUAAAGCAUAACUUGGAUAUUAGGAAGCAUUUCAACAGUGCGAGUCACACCAUGUCACAUUAACAUACUUUUUAUAUCAUCCUGCUAUAAAAUGAUGCAGAGGAGGGAGGGAGUGGGAUCGAUAGCUGGUUCUUCAAAGAAUAUUUUGAGCUGUAGCAAACCUAAAACAAGUAGCUCUGUAAAGAGUAAAGCGUGCCUGAGAAGUAACUAUUUGUAAACGGAACUGUAAAUAGUUACAUUUUUUUUCUAAUUACUGUAAAGCAUUGCGUUACUGCUUUUAAGUUAAGCAUAGCCUGUGAUACAAUGUAAAAGAACGUUUUAUUUUAUUUAUUUUUUUUUUUUUUAAUAUGAUUUAAGUUAUUAUAUUGAAUAUCUCUUAAUAUACUAUUGUCUUUGGUGUUUGGUAUCGUAAAAGCAUUGAAUAAACAGUUGACUUUAUUUACCUACAUGAAAU